GCGCAGAAACCCCAGCAGCCUACUCGAGCUAAGCGUUAAGCGGUGUUCCCGCGCUUUUUAGACUUAUCUUAAGUCAGGCAUCUCUAAGAACACUCACUUCUGGGGUCCUCCAUGGAACGCGGCUCACAAAAGUGAACGCUCGCGCUGCGCUCGCCCCGCCUGCGUACGUCGGUGGCGUCAUAGGUGUCCCUGCUUGUUCCACUGCGGGUUUGGGCUGUUGCGCUGAUAUUGGUCAUGAACAAAGGACCUGGUUAGGUAGACGUUGUGUCUCAUUGUUCCCUUUUAUGGAUUGUCGUUUGGUUGCUUGGUUAGUUGGUAGUCCUCUGGAGCCACAGAAACCCACGCCACUCGCUGUGUCUGCGGCUGUGCUGUCUAGGAAUUUAGACUUUGACACCAUCGAGGCCCACGAGUACCUCCUUGGAGUCGAGAGCGAACCAGCCUGUUCCUGGGCAAUGGGGCUGAGCAGGCCUGUGGUGUCCCCGCCACAUCUCUAGGAGCCUCAGCCCGCGCUAUUUGCCUCCUCGUUUUCUCUUUCCCAAGUUCUGCAGGGGAGCAUAGAGUAAGCACAGUCUUCUUGCACCUGAGUGUGCUGUGAUUUUAUUACAUUUUCGAGGCAGAAAUGCCCGGGAAAAGGCCCCUAAAUGCAACUGACCCAAGUACCAAAAGGGAACGGAAAGCAAUUACCCUUGACACCAAGUUAGAAAUGUUAAGACGAUUUGAAGCAGGUGAAAAGCUCAGUGAGAUCGCAAAAGCCUUAGGCCUCGCUGUCUCUACAGUGGCGACCAUCCGAGAUAAUAAAGAAAAAAUCAAAGCGAGUUCACAAAUAGCUACUCCCUUGAGAGCCUCCCUGUUGACUCGAUGUUGAAAUGCAAUCAUGGAGAACAUGAAGCGAUUGUUGAGCGGGUGGCUGGAAUGUGCCCUUGAGUGUCAUUGUCAUUCAGGAGAAGGCUAAGAGUUUAACGACUUACAGUGUGAACAAGGAGAAAGCUCUCAAACGGAGAAGUUUAGUGCAAGUAAAGGGUGGUUUAUGAGAUUCAAGGAGUUUCAUUGUUUGUCCCACUUCGAGAUAAACAGCACAGAUCCCAGAAAUAACAAGGACGAGUAUCCAAAAGUGCUGAAAAGCAUCAUCGAAGAAGGUAAGUAUGCCCCCCCCAAGACAAGUUUUUAAUGUAGAUGAGACAGCACUUUAUUGGAAGAGAAUGCCUAAAGGAACAUUUAUUUCCAAGGAAGAGAAAGCUGAACCAGGGUUUAAGUCAUCUAGAGAUUGCUUGAUGCUGCUGGUUGGUGGCAGUGAGGCUGGGGACUUUAAGUUGAACCCCUUAAUGGUAUACCACUCGGAAACCCCCAAGGCUCUGAAGGGGGCAGCAAGAGAGGAGGACAGUGAAGAUGUACCACCUGCCCUGCACCAACUAACCACAGGAAAACUGUCAGCAGCAUUCUCACAUUUCGAGGCCGGCUAGUAACUGCCCUAAUAAUGCUCCCGCAGGACCAGCCGCACCCACCUGUGGAAGACAGCGGAGCAGUCGGUGCACACAGACGUGUGGCUGUCGAAGGGGAACAGC